CCGGGAACAGCCGAGCGCGGCCGAGCGCGGCCGAGCGGGCCCGAGGCGCGGCGCCGGGCCGGGCCGGGCCGGGCUACGGGAGCCGAGGCGGGCCGCGCGGCAGGCGCGGAGCGGCGCGGCGGGCCGGGCGGGCGGCGGCGGCGGCGGAGGAGGCCGCGGCCGCGGGUCCGAGGCGCGGGAGCGGCACCGGAGGCGGCGAGGGGCCGGGCGGCCGGGGUCCCGGGCCCCGCGGCGGCGGCGCGGCGGCGGCGGCAGGAUGAUCAAGCUGUUCUCGCUGAAGCAGCAGAAGAAGGAGGAGGAGUCGGCCGGCGGCACCAAGGGCAGCAGCAAGAAGGCGUCGGCGGCGCAGCUGCGGAUCCAGAAGGACAUAAACGAGCUGAACCUGCCCAAGACGUGUGACAUCAGCUUCUCUGACCCAGACGACCUCCUCAACUUCAAGCUGGUUAUCUGUCCUGAUGAGGGCUUCUAUAAGAGUGGGAAAUUUGUGUUCAGUUUUAAGGUGGGCCAGGGUUACCCACAUGACCCCCCCAAGGUGAAGUGUGAGACGAUGGUUUAUCACCCCAACAUUGACCUCGAGGGCAAUGUUUGCCUCAACAUCCUCAGAGAGGACUGGAAGCCAGUCCUUACGAUAAACUCCAUAAUAUAUGGCCUGCAGUAUCUCUUCUUGGAGCCCAAUCCCGAAGACCCGUUGAACAAGGAGGCUGCCGAGGUCCUUCAAAACAACCGGCGGCUGUUUGAGCAGAAUGUGCAGCGCUCCAUGAGAGGUGGCUACAUCGGGUCCACCUACUUCGAGCGCUGCCUGAAAUAGGGUUGGCGCAUAUCUGCCCCUGCCAGGGUCACCAGCCCGGGCAUCCCCUGCAAAUAUUUAUUGGGGGCCACGGGUGGGGUUUGGGGGCCAGUGGGGGAAUCCCUGCAUUGGUCUUGCCACUCCUCCCUGCUACUUACCCCUAGUUAUUUUUUUUUUAACCACCAUGUGAUUAUGGUCGGCGCUGCCUUUCCCCGACCUGCUCAGCGAUGGGAAAUGAAUUGGCUUGUCUAGCCCCCCUCCUCCCCGCUGGGUGCUAUCCAGCCGCCCGCUCUGGGCUGUGGGGUGGGUGGGCUAGGGGUCUGGGUAAGCUGGGCCUCAGAAACCCACCCCUCCAUCACUGGAGGUCCCACCAGGCUAUUAAAGGGGAAUGUUACUGCA